UAAACCAAUCAGACAAUUCGUGCCUUCGUAUGUAUUAUGCGACCAACUGUGGCGAUCAGUCGUGCGCAAGCCUGGUUUAUCUCGAAUGCCUAUGUGGCUCUUUGGAUUGUUUAGGGUCGCGCGUCUUUCAUCGUUGGCGGGUUUCUGUAGACUGCGAGCCUACUGUAGAGCCUCUCAAUUGACCACAGAAAUACUUCACCACUCUAGGUAUAGAGUAUCAAGAAAAAUGUCUGACUGGAUCAGAAACAGACGACUUAAUGCUUCAAACAGCGAACAUGACAACCGGAGCUAUGGCCCGUCUCGGUGGUCCCACUGCAGGAAGAGAGGGAUUGAUGGAAACCUGCGGGCCUACAGAAUGUCAGAUGGUAGUAAAAGGGAAAACAGCAGCCACAGUGACCGCAGCUGUAGCCACUCCAACAACAGACAUGCUAGCUUCACAACCCCUGAGAACACAGGCCCGGUGUCUCGUUGUGGCAGACAAGCAGACUGGGGCAGCCUGGUGGAGGAUGAUGAGAUGAAGAGGGAUAUGCACAUAGACAUUCAGCGUUACAGGAGGAGGAUACUGGGCACAGAGACCCCUCAGAGAGAGAGGAAGACCUCCUCUGACUCUUCUGGGAGUUGUGACUCCAAAGAGGACGAAAAUAUGGAGACAGAUGAGGCUGUGUUGCUACGACGACAGAAACAGAUAAACUAUGGCAAGAACACGCUGGCCUAUGACCGAUAUAUCAAAGAAGUCCCAAAACAUAUGCGUCAGCCGGGUGUUCACCCAAAGACACCUAAUAAGUUCAGAAAAUACAGCCGUCGCUCAUGGGACCAGCAGAUCAAACUGUGGAAGGUCAAACUGCAUGCCUGGGACCCACCAACAGAGAAAGGCCAAGAUCAAGUCCUCAAUAACAUUGGUGAGCUGGAUCUUGAUGUCAUGGACAUUGAGGUGAACUUCCCAACCUUGUCAGAUUCCCAUAAUACCCCAGACUCUUUCAACACACACAGCCUUUCACUGGAGUGUGAAGACUGUUUGGGUACUCCGGUUAAAGUACAGAAGACAGAAACCACAGCAGAACCUGACAUGGCAUAGCUCAUCAUUGUGUCUGUCCAAGAAAAUACAGCUUGUUCACAUGCACCUCAAAUGGUUCAGCUGUAUCCUGCCAACAUAUUCACUUCUCACAGCCCUCGAUGUUACUCAGAAUUACUUAGUUUCAGUUAUGUGCUCUUUAGUUUGCUUAAAUCAGUGCUGCAUCUGCACAGCUUUGCAGUGUGUCUUAGCUGGUAGUUACUUGUUUAAUAUUAUAUUUGGUAUUCUUUCUUCUUUUCUACUGGUGCUUCUUAAUUACUAGGUUGGCACAUUUUACAGAUGACCACUCAGGGAGUCUUCUUUUAUGGCUUUUAAAUGUUUAAUCAAGUUUCAGUCAGUUUAAUUUUUUUUCUUCUUUUUUUUUUAAUUAAGGUUUGGUGUUCAGACACUUGAGGCACUGAUCUGUGGGCUUGGUAUAGCGGAUGUUAAAUAUAAUAAUGCUUAAUUGAAUGCCAGAAUAAACAGAAAGAGGAGUCAAGUUUCUACAAGUUUAAAGGAGUUGGACAAACCAGAGUGAAAAUGUUUUCCUUUUAAUGUUUCACAUUGACAAAGUUCUUUCUUUUUUUUUUAGCCUGUACAACUUAAAGUACUGAAGAGCAUUACUUAAGUUUUAUUGACCUGUGAUUUGUUCAUCCAAAUGUUGCUGUUUCUCAUUGCUGUUUCCGUCACUAUGAAGAUUUUCAAAUAAAAAAACAAACUUGAAUGUCUCAUUGUAUUUUCUGAGGAUGACUUUUUUUGAAUUAUUACUUGCUGUAAUUAAUAAUUGUGUCAUGCUAGUGUGAGUGAUUUGAAAGUAUCAGGAUUAGUUUCAUAUAUUACUUCCUGGUGUAUUUACUGAAGUCAGUUGAGUAUAAUUUGGACUUGCAUGCUGUUUUGACUUUUCUGCAGUGAUCUUGUUUACCAUCAAUUAAAUAUUUGUAAUGUUGGGGUUAGUUUUUUCUGAUGUGUGAUGGCAUAAUAAUUUGAGCCCUAGAAAAGCUGUCCAUGGUAAAAGUAAGAAAGGAUUUCAAAGUAAGUUUGAGGUGAGCUCAAAAGAUAUUCACUCAUCAGCAUGCACUUCUCGCACCCUUCCGUGAUGGAUGUCCAACACAACAAAAGCCACAGAAAAUGGAGAGUGUUUUCUCAUUACCAGGUGCGCGCGCGCCGGGGGUGUUUUUGUUAAGUUUGAGAGAAAUUUGAUUCAAAUUCUACUUCAGGCAAAGGGCGGCAGCAUUGCGCACACAUACAUGCGCUGCAACUAGCUAAUGUUAAAUUUAAAAGGAGAAGAAAAGAAAAUGAAGCGGUAGAGGGCAGCAGUAAGCAAGGGUUACCGUCUAGCCGUCCGAAGAAGAAGCAGAACACGAGAAGUAGAAGAUUAGUCACUGCUCCUGUGAAGGUUAAAUUGACUCGGAUUUG